GCAAACGCAGUUAGACGAUUCCGUUCAAAGUAACGUGAUAAUAAACUUCGGAUAUUCGAUAAAAACGAUAAAAUGCGGAAUUUAGUAAAGUAAAACUGCAAAAAGAGUUUAGUGAUAAAUAGAGAAAAAAAGUGUUGCAAAAUGGCUCAAACUCACACGAAACAAUGCCAACUCGAUCAAACAUACAAACUGGAGAAGAAGUAUUUGGAAAUGAAACGGAUGGUGAUGGAAAAGACAGAAGAAUUGAAACGAAGAGAUAAAAUAAUAGCCUUGCUGGAACAUGAGAUCGAUGAGAAAGAUGGCACUAUAAGAUAUCUUAAAAAUGAAAUAGACAAGUUCAGGCAAGUCGUGAAGCCUUUGACGAGACAGCUGAUAGAUAGUCGCAGGAAUGGGUUGGAGAAUGAGGAAGAGUGCUUCGUGAUGAAGACACCGGGUAUUGAGAAUACCAGGGUAUAUCAUGUUGGUGAGCCGAGGCUGAAGAGAACGGCCAUAUCAGCGGAACCACUUUCUUCAUUAACUCAGGGUUAUGAAAUGAAACUGGUGAAGAUACCGAAAAUUCAGAAAUCGCGGGAACUGAUCAAAGGUGCAAUACUGGACAAUGACUUCAUGAAGAAUCUUGAAAUGACGCAGAUCCGCGAAAUCGUGGACUGCAUGUACCCCGUCGAAUAUGCAGCCGGCAGCCUCAUCAUCAAGGAAGGAGAUGUUGGCAGCAUCGUAUACGUUAUGGAAGAGGGACGCGUGGAAGUAUCGCGAGAGAACAAAUACCUCAGCACGAUGGCUCCAGGCAAGGUGUUCGGCGAGCUGGCCAUCCUCUACAACUGCAAACGCACUGCCACCAUCAAGGCGGCCACGGACUGUCGACUAUGGGCCAUCGAGCGCCAGUGCUUCCAGACCAUCAUGAUGCGUACUGGGCUCAUACGCCAGGCUGAAUACACCGACUUCCUUAAGAGCGUUCCGAUCUUCAAAGAUUUGUCUGAAGACACGCUGAUCAAAAUCUCCGAUGUUUUGGAGGAAACUCAUUACCAGAACGGCGAUUACAUCAUCAGGCAGGGUGCUCGUGGUGAUACCUUCUUCAUCAUAUCUAAAGGACAGGUGAAAGUGACUCAGAAACCACCAAACAGUAAUGAUGAGAAAUUCAUAAGAACUCUCACGAAAGGCGAUUUCUUCGGCGAGAAGGCAUUGCAAGGAGACGAUCUUCGAACGGCUAACAUUAUCUGCGACUCGCCAGAGGGCACGACUUGCCUCGUCAUCGACAGGGAGACCUUCAACCAACUCAUCUCCGCUCUCGACGAGAUCCGAACCAAAUACAAGGAUGAAGGAGACAGCAGGCAACGAUUAAACGAGGAAUUCGCCAACUUACGUCUCUCAGAUCUGCGCAUCAUCGCGACAUUGGGUAUUGGUGGCUUCGGUCGAGUGGAACUUGUACAGAUCCAGAGCGACUCCAGCCGGUCUUUCGCCUUGAAGCAGAUGAAGAAAGCCCAGAUCGUUGAAACCAGGCAGCAACAGCACAUCAUGUCAGAAAAGGAGAUAAUGUCAGAAAUGAACUGCGAGUUCAUUGUCAAGUUGUAUAAGACGUUCAAGGAUCGUAAAUACUUGUAUAUGCUGAUGGAAACUUGCCUUGGAGGAGAGUUGUGGACUAUUUUAAGAGACAAAGGCCAAUUUGAUGAUGCCACUACGAGAUUCUACACUGCUUGUGUGGUUGAAGCCUUCCAUUACCUCCAUUCGCGGAAUAUUAUUUACAGGGAUCUCAAACCAGAGAAUUUACUAUUAGACUCUAAAGGCUACGUGAAACUAGUUGACUUCGGUUUCUCUAAGAAGCUGCAAGCGAGCCGCAAGACUUGGACCUUCUGUGGUACGCCGGAGUACGUAGCUCCUGAAGUUAUCAUGAACCGAGGUCAUGAUAUCAGUGCUGACUACUGGUCUUUAGGUGUACUCAUGUUCGAAUUACUAACCGGUUCCCCGCCGUUCACGGGCACUGACCCAAUGAAGACAUACAACAAGAUCCUCAAGGGUAUAGAUGCGGUGGAAUUCCCUCGCUGCAUCACCAGGAACGCAGCCAACCUCAUCAAGAAACUGUGCAGAGACAACCCUGCUGAACGACUUGGGUACCAGCGAGGUGGUAUCACUGAGAUACAGAAACACAAAUGGUUCGACGGUUUCAACUGGGAGGGCUUGGCCCAACGUUCACUAGAGCCCCCGAUCACCCCAGUGGUCAAAUCCCCAGUGGACACACACAACUUCGACCAAUACCCACCCGAUGCCGACGAACCGCCACCAGACGACCUCUCCGGAUGGGAUAGUAACUUCUAAAAUAUAUGAAAAACUUUAUAAGAGAAAAUUUCUACUACCAAUCGUAAAUAUCAGAUUUAUAAAAUAAUCUGUAUGGUUAUUAUCACUAAUAAGUUAAUACUGAAACGACUUAACGCCAUUUUCCUUGCUACCAUUUGUAACGCAAUUAUUAUGCCUUCUUGUUAUUGAAUUAAACUUGACUUUAAGGAAGAAUUUAAAAGCCGAUCAAUGGCGUUUUAGUUUACCAUCACAUCUAAAAAGUUUAAAUAUUAAACGUCCUAACCUAUAUAAUACGUUAAAUUCAUCUAAGAACGUAACCGUAAAAUGACUUAAUAAUAAAUAAUAGCAUAGAUGAUAAUAUGGCGUGCCUAAAGUUAGGUAAAAUAUUUUCUCAAACCGCAGUUGAAAGUUUAAAAUGCCAUUAAUUAGUUAUUAGCUCUUGCCGGUUGAUUGUCAACUGAUAGUGAUAACAGAGUUCAUUAUUAUGAAACUUCAAAAAAAAACGAUGUUUCUAUAAAAAGGAGCUCUGAAUAGCACUAUGCAUUGUAAAUAGAAUAAAUUAUAUCUAAUCUUUAUUAAAGUCUCAACUAUUAUAUUAAUAAUUAUUAUUUUCACUUUUUAGUAAAUCGUUGCUUAAUUAUUUCAUUUCAAUUGUGCAAUAUCAGUUCGGUUCUGUCACUUUUGUACUUAUUUUUAUUUAACUGUUUGAAUGUCGAUGAACAAAGAAUAUUCUGCCUCUUUGGUUAGAUAUACAAACUUAUUUCUGCCCUCGAGUGUACGUACGUGAAAGGGAAGAGAAUUAAAAAGAAAAAGAAUUAAUAAAUAUUUAAUUACCUAUUUUUAAUUCUAAUUCAUAUUGUAGCCCAUUGUCAAUUAUGAAUCAAUUUAUUGUUGACUAAGUACGUAGUGCCAAUCUAUCAUGUAUUUGUAUUUAUGUAUUUCUAAUAGUUCGCCAAAAUAUAUCUAGAUUUCGUAAAGGUGACUGCAAUGCCAAAAUAUUGUGUUACCAGAAUUACUCGUAAUAUCAACGAUAAUUUGCUAUCUCUUGAUCAUUUAUAAAAUAUAUUUUUCUUAUAAAAACGAUAGCAUAGAUAUUCUAAAUUCUUCCCUAUUCGUGAUAUUUCUCAUAUAAAUUUUGUUAAUGGGUUAACUUGCGUAUGCAAUUAUAUUUGUCUUAUAAAAUACUUCAUACGUCAAAUAUUUCUUCAAACGUUGUGAUGUUCUGGAUAAUAUCAAUAAUUAUUAUAUCAACAUCUUAAGAAUGCUUUUAUGGGUUUCAGUAUUUUUGGUAUUGUAUUUGAGAAUGGAAUGUAUCGUUAGCAAUGUAAUUGUAUGUGAAUUUUAUCAAAAUGUGUAGAACAUUUGAACAAUUGAAAACUUACCUAUACCUACAUAAUUUUUUGGUUCUCUGAAUAGUUACCUAAUUAAGUGACAUUUAUAUGUAAACCGAAAUAUAUUAUUAUGUAAAUGUUAAUUAUGAAUUGUAUUUAUUAAGUGUAAUUGUAAAAAUAAAUGUAUUCAACAGUCCACUAAUAGUUACUUUACUGUUUAGUUUGUCAUGUACUAAACCACGGCUUGUUUGGUAGCUAUCUCUAAACAUGACAUAAUUUAAGACUUAUCAUUAAAUUCAUUUAUAAUAGUCAAUUUAUAUUUAAGUUUUCCAUAUAUAGACGAAUAAACGUCACUGUAAAUAUUCUUGUAGUGAAUUUAAACGUAAUUAUUCAUCUGUGUAAGAAUGAAUAACAUUUUUGGGUGAUGCAAUUGAAGCUAUGUAAUUAAAUUUUAAAAUAUUUUUUUAAAAAUUGUUAUGAUAAGAAUACUUAUUUUUGUAAUCCAUAGGAUUUAAACAAUUAAUUAAAUAGAUAUUUUAUUGAUUUUUGAAACUGUAAAAAUACAUUAUUUCAACUGAAUAA